AUGCCUACAACAUCACUGCUGCUACGUCUCGUUCGCGGCGCCGCCUGCCUAGCCGCCAUCUCUCUUGCGGCCGACGCCCAUCCCACCACCGCCGCGCGACGACUCACCGUCAGCCUCAUCCCCGGCGACGAGACGCUGCUCCCGCGCACCCUCCACGAGCUAUCUGAUCCCGCGAGCCCCCGUCACGGCCGGCACCUCUCCCGCGAGGAGGCCGCCGCCCUUCUGGAGCCCAGCCCCAAGGCGCUUGCCGCCGUGACCGCCUGGCUGCGUGAUGCUACCGGCCUGCGCGACGAGGACAUUGAGCGCCGCGGACAGCUCCUGCACGCCACCGUCUCGCCAAGCCAGUCUGCUGCUGUGCUGCGGAAGAGGGCGGCGGAUGAUGAUGACGAUGGACUGUCGGGCGGCCAGGCGCUCGCAGAUGAGGCGGUCCGGCGGCACAUUCGCGCCGUCUACCUCGACAGGCCGGACGUAGGAGGAGACAUCGAGACGCGGAGCCCAUGGCCCGCGCAUCCCCGCCUCCACCAGUCCCUGAAGCUGUUAUUGUCGGUAGACAGCAAGGAUAACAAGUCUACGGCUAACCCUAAGCUCGACGGCUGCGACGCCCAGUUCACGCCCGCGUGCCUCCGAGAAAAGUACCAGAUGAAGAACAUCCCCCGCACAUCCAAGAAGACCAUCCUGGGAGUCCUUGGCUUCGGCAACCAAACCGCGCAGCGCCAAGACCUGGACCUCUUCUUCAAGCACAUUGACCCCUCGCGGGCCGGCGCCAACUUCUCCGAGGCCUUCCUCCUCGGCGGCAGCAACCCGCAGGGCGCGUAUCCGUCCGGCGAGGCCAACCUGGACAUCCAGUACGCCGUGGCCCUGGCUGGCGCUAACGUCGACGUGCGCUUCCUCUCCGUCGGCGGCAUGAACUCUGACUACAUCCCCGAUCUCGACCUUCCGAAGGGCAGCGGCUUCACGGAGCCCUAUCUCGCAUUCGCCACCGCCCUCGCCGCGCUGCCCGACGCGGACAUGCCCUCCGUGCUGUCCAUCUCGUACGGUGUCAACGAGCAGCUCCUCUCGCGCGACUACGCGCGCCACUCCUGCGACCUCUUUGGUCAGCUCGCCGCCCGCGGCGUCUCCGUGGUCGUCGCCUCCGGCGACUUCGGCCCGGGCAUGUCCUGCCAAUCCAACGAUGGCUCCGGCGCGCCGCGCUUCCUGCCCGCGUUCCCGGCCACAUGCCCGUACGUGACGGCUGUCGGCGCGACCACCGGGGUCGCUGCGGCUGAGUCGGCGAUGGAGCUGUCCGGGGGCGGCUUCUCCGAGUACUUUGAGCGGCCGAAGUGGCAGGCCGCCGCGGUGGAGGGGUACCUGGCGAAGCACGGCGCGCAGCGGAAGGGCCUGUACAACGAGAAGGGGAGGGGCAUCCCGGAUGUGGCAGCGCUGGGGCAGAAUUAUCAAAUCUACAACCACGGCAAGGUCGAGAGCGCCGACGGAACGAGAAGCGCCUCCGCACCCGUCGUGGCCGCCAUGGUUGCCGUGAUAAACAGCCUCCGCGCGGAAAAGGGAAGGCCGACGCUCGGCCUCCUCAACCCGUGGCUGUACCAAGCCGGCCGCUUCGGCCUCACCGAGUAA